ACGAAAAUUCACGAAAAUCGAGAGACAUGCUCUCAUCCCUUUUAUUUCACCAACAAUUCUCGUUGGAUUUUCUUCGUUAGUUUUAUAACAUCAAGCAAAGUUUUUUUUAUAUCAACGAAAAUUGCGCAAGCGUGUGCCGUGUGUGUCCUGCUGACUGACUAAUCGUGGUGGGAGGUAAAAGCUGUGAUCAGCUGGUGGAACACGAAAAUGUUCAUCCUUCAACGCUCAUUAUUAUCAUCUAAAAAUGGUGGAUGGAAAAGAGCUCUGUCACCAUCAUCAAGUGUCAAAGCAUCAGUACAAGAUGUACAACAAAGGGAUAUUUACGAAAUAUCUGGUGACGUUGUACCCAUCAAUAUGGUCAAGGGUAUUGGACACUUACGAGAUCCACGUCUCAACAAGGGUUUGGCAUUUACACUGAAGGAGAGAAUUUCACUUGGUAUACAUGGUCUUCAACCACCACGUUUUAAAACACAGGAGGAACAAUUGGCCCUUUGCAAAGCAUCAGUCAUGAAGUACACGGAGGAUCUCAAUCGUUAUCUCUACUUAGUAGAACUUCAGGAGAGGAACGAACGUUUGUUCUUCCGGCUCUUGAGUGAGAACAUCGAGCAGAUGAUGCCAAUUAUCUACACACCAACAGUUGGACUUGCCUGUCAAAAAUUUGGAGUUAUUUAUCGACGUCCAAGAGGUCUUUUUAUCACGUGCUACGAUAAAGGUCACAUCUACGAAAUCCUAAACAACUGGCCUGAACAAUCUGUUCGUGCAAUUUGUGUGACUGACGGUGAACGUAUUCUUGGUCUUGGUGAUUUGGGUGCUUGUGGUAUGGGUAUACCAGUUGGUAAAUUAGCUUUGUACACUGCAUUGGCAGGUAUAAAGCCACAUCAGUGUCUUCCAAUUACAAUUGAUGUUGGUACAAAUAAUGAACAACUACGUGAUGAUCCACAUUAUAUUGGCCUUAGUAAACCACGUAGUCAAGGUGCUGAUUAUGAUGAAUUAAUUGAUGAAUUUAUGGCUGCUUGUGUUAGAAAAUAUGGACAAAAUGUUUUAAUUCAGUUUGAAGAUUUUGGAAAUCAUAAUGCCUUUAGAUUUUUGGAUAAAUACAGAGACAAGUAUUGUACAUUUAAUGAUGAUAUUCAAGGUACAGCUGCUGUUGCUGUUGCUGGUAUUAUGGCAUCAAAAAGAAUAACAAAAAGAAAAAUGUCUGAUAAUAAAUUUGUCUUCCUUGGUGCUGGUGAAGCUGCAAUUGGAAUUGCUGAUUUGUGUGUAAAAGCUAUGGAAGCUGAUGGUUGCACUGAACAAGAAGCCAGAAAUAAUAUUUGGAUGAUGGACAUUGAUGGUCUUCUUACAAAAUCAAGAAAAGUUGGCAAUUUAGAUGGUCAUAAAGUUUGGUAUGCCAAGGACUACAAAGACAUGAAAACUCUCAUUGAAGUUGUGAAAGACAUUAAACCAACAGUUCUCAUUGGUGCUUCAGCAGCUGCUGGUGCAUUUACCCCAGAGGUCUUGCAAGAAAUGGGAAAAAAUAAUGAACGACCUUUGAUAUUUGCUUUGAGUAAUCCUACAAGUAAAGCUGAGUGUACAGCACAACAAGCUUAUGAUUAUACAGAGGGAAGAUGUAUAUUCUCAUCAGGCUCACCUUUUGGUGAAGUUGUUCACAAUGGAAAAACCUAUAAACCUGGACAGGGUAAUAAUGCUUACAUCUUUCCUGGUAUUGCACUUGGUGUUAUUGCAACUGGUGUUCAUCAUAUUACUGAAGAACUAUUUCUUAUUUCUGCACAAACUGUUGCUGAUCAUGUUGAGGAAGAGGAUCUACAACGUGGUAGUCUUUAUCCACCACUUGGAAGUAUUAAAGAAUGCUCAAUUGAUAUUGCUGUUAAAAUUGCUGACUAUGCUUAUGGUCAAUGUGGAUUGGCUAGUGAAUAUCCAGAACCAAAAGAUAAACGUGAAUUUAUUAUGAGCAAAAUGUACAAUGCAAAUUAUGAUAGUCCACUACCAAAUAUCUAUGAAUGGCCACAUGAAUUUUCAUCACCACGACCACUUCCAGAGCAAUUAUGAUCCCAGAAUUCUAGACACAGCAGAGUCAAGAUCUUGCUUGAGAAAAAAUAAGAUCAUUAUAAGGCCUCGCUCAAGUGUCCAUCAUUUUUUUUUUUUUCUAUAAUAAAUAUAAAUAAUGUGUGUAGGUCAAAAAUUAAUUACAAAAAAAAACUCAAUGUAUUAACUUUAUUUAAUUCAACGAUUUUUUAUUUAUUUAAAUUGUACUUAUUUAUUAAUUAAUUUAAAUUUGACAUAAUUCAUCAAUCAAUUAUCUGUUACUAUCAAAAACAAAAUACGUUUUAUAGAUAUUUAAAAAAGAAAAUUGUUGCAACAAUAAACUUACUUGCCUUCAAUUAUUAUACAAAUGAUUCAACAUAAAAGCUGAUACUUUAUGUAAAGAAAAAAAUUUAUCAUGCUCAUUUAAAUAAAAUUUAUCUUACCAGUUACCUUGAGAAUAUAAAGAUAAAAUAUUUUGAUGAUUUUUUUACAUCAAAUGUUUAUCUACGUGAAUUAAAAUUGAUGUUAUUUAUAAAUCAAUAUUGAACUGAUUGUUAUUAUUAACUUUUACAACAAUUAUAAAUGAUACACUAUUUUUUGUUUUUCUUUUUCAAUAUCUAAUUGUUGAAUAUUUGAUAAUGAAUUUAUGUCAGACAUUUGUCAUCAGUAUUUUACGUUAAAUGUAAAAUUAAAAAUAUUACUUUAAAUCAACAUGAAUUAUAUUGAUUCAAAAAAAAAACCUGCCAUUUAUGUUGAUUGAAAGUAUUAAAUACAAAUUUAAAAUGUAAUUUAAUAAUUUGCCGACAAACUCUUGUGUCUGUAUUUAAAAAAAAAAAAGCUGAAUGAAAAUAUACAUGUGUUCAAA